CAAGCCUAAUUAAGCCCACCAUUCGGGGACGCGAGGCGAGAGGGUUUUUGUUGUGCUCUUCUUCUUCUUCUUCUCGCGGUCCGUCCUGCUCAUGGCGCAGCCGCAGCCGCCGCCGCCGCCGCUGCCUGCUUCGUAGCGGCACAACCGUCUCCGCCCGCCCCAAAGGAGACCUAGCGGGAUCUCUUCUUACUUGUGUCUCACAUUCUGAAUACCUAAAACACCUUGAGAUUGCCAAACUGGCCAAGCUGCAUUGCUCAAUGGAUGAUCUCCCAGAGGUUCUGCUUGCAGAGAUUGUCAAGCGGCUUACCAGUCCAAGUGAUCUUAAAUCUCUUUCUCUCGUGUCAAAGCGACUAUAUGCCGUUGAGGGAGAGCUGAGGAAUUCGAUGUACAUUGGCUGUGGCGUUUUCCCUGUGACAGUGGCCUUGAUUCGUCUGUGCUCCCGGUACCCCAAUUUGUGCAAAGUGGAAUUCAAUUACUCUGGUUGGACUUCCAACCAUGGGAUGCAGUUGGACAAACAUGGCCUCCGGGUGUUUUCAUCUUGCUGCGCCUCAUUGACUGAUCUCACCUUAAGCUUCUGCACGAAUGUUGAUGACUCAGGCCUUUGCCUUUUAGCGUGCUUCAAGAAGCUGAUGUCUCUGAGGUUGAACACAUUACCAGCAAUAACUUCGUCUGGUCUUCUCCAAGUGGCUGUUGGCUGUAAGAAUCUAUCUUCUCUCCACCUUAUUGGCUGCAACAGAGUAGGUGGCACAAUGUGGCUGGAGUACCUUGGCAGGUUUAGAUCAUUGAAAGAACUUAUAGUGAAUUGCUGUGAGAAUAUCAGCCAGUUUGACCUACUAAAGUUCGGUCCAGGAUGGAUGAAGCUCCAGAAGUUUGAGUUUGAGAUCGAAAGUUGCCCCAGUCUAUUUGAUCCUCGUGAUCCUUCAUGUGUGGAGCACUGUCAGUAUAGAUAUGAUUUCAUCUGUGAGAGUUUGGUGGAUUUGACAUUGGCGCGAGUCUCAACUGAGAAGGAAAUAGGACUUCGUUGUCUCCUGAGGAAGUGCAAGGCAUUAAAGAAGUUGUGCCUUUAUUAUGUUCUUGGUGUACAGGACACUGACAUAGUUGUGCUCUCCAACAAUUGCAGCAAUCUUACAAGCAUCUCACUUCGGUUAACACCUCAGUUCAAUGAAGGUCAUGUUUUCAGGACAUCAUUGACUGAUGACAGCCUUAAGGCUCUUGCCCUCAGGUGCCGUAAGCUUCAGUCUUUUGAACUCAUAUUUUGGGGAUGUGAUGAAUGCUGGCCAGAAAUAGGAUUCACACAGGAGGGCCUUGUCUUGCUUAUUCAGUCUUGUCCGAUUCGUAAUCUUGUGCUAAGUGGUGCUCACAUCUUUGAUGACGAGGGGAUGAAGGCCGUCUCAUCUGCACAAUUCCUAGAAUCACUCGAACUUAUGGAUUGUAUAAAUGUAACUAAUGCUGGGAUGCGCCUCCUCGGGCAUUGCCCAUGUCUGAUUAACCUCACAUUGCGGCAGUGUGAUCGUUUCUCUGAUGCUGGAGUGACUGAGGUAGCACGUGCACGGAAGCUGGAGACCCUGGUUAUUGAAGGCUGUUCUCGGGUCUCUCCAGAAGCUGUGCAGGGGGCUGCAACAUCAGUUCACUACAAUGAAGAUUACCCAGGCUUGGUCGGACUUGGCAGAGUGUGACCAUCAGGAAGGAUGAAGCGCCCCUCAUUUUGUGCCCUAGGUCGAGGAUUGCUUGCCGUUGAUUUCUGGAUUUUAAUUUUACACAUUUCCUUGUCGAUCCUUUCUGCUGUGUGUGGUUCGAGAAUGUUAGUGUGUAAUCGCAAGAUCUGGGUGUUUGGAAGUUAUCUCAUUAUUGGGCCUCAUAAAUUCAUAAUACUUGCCACUUAGUGACAACUGUAGCUUAUGUUUACUUCUGCUUGUAGUACAUCGCCUAGAUCGUGGGAGUCCCUCUUUUCAGACGAAUGUCAUGAAACAUUGGUUUUUGAAAAUGAUCUGGAAGACAUAUUUGCUGUUUUGUCGA